CCUUGCUUCUUUCAUCAAGCCAAAUUAUCUCCUCCAAGAGAGAGAAAGAUUAAAGAGAAGAGGGAGGAAGAUUAGUUGGUUUGGUUAGAGAGAGAUGGAAGGGCCAAGUACUUCUAGGAACAGUUUAGCCGCAGCCCUUGUUUUUCUCCUAGCAUUAUUUUCCUACAGUACAACCUUAGUUGUUCGGGCGGAAACAAGGUUCAACACCGAGUUCAUAAGAACAUCGUGCAGCAAAACAACUUACCCUAGGCUCUGCUUCAGCUCCCUAUCGAGGCACGCCAGCCUCAUUCAAACAAGCCCGAAGCUCCUCGCAGGAGCUGCUCUCAAUGGGACCUUGGAUGCUACCCGCUCUACAUCAGGUAUGAUGCUAAAGCUGUCUCGAACCCUAGGGAUGACAGCCAGACAGAUCGGGGCCAUGAAGGACUGCGUCGAGGAGCUCGCUGAUUCAGUGGAGGAGCUCCGGAGGUCCAUUGCGGAAAUGAGCCGGCUGAGGAGAACUUCUGACUUCGGCCUCGUGAUGAACGACAUAGAGACAUGGGUGAGUGCUGCCUUAACAGAUGAGACUACGUGCUCCGACGGGUUUGCUGGAAAGGCGAUGAACAGUAAAGUGAAGAAUGCUGUGAGAGGCCAGAUUUUAACCGUUGCACAUCUUACUAGCAAUGCUCUGGCUUUGAUCAAUAGGUUCGCCGCUCUUAAUGGUUAGAUAUAUAAGAGCGCACUUCUGCUUGCACAUCUUCUCUUCACCGGCACCGUGAAAUUGUACCAUACGAUGCAUAUGUAUAUACACGCAUAUAUGUCGGUUUUUCAUAAUUUCUCGGAUAUGAUUGUGCCGGUUUGCUGUACUUUAAUUAGGUUUGAGAAAUUUGCAUAGUAAGUUUAAGAAAUUAGUAUACGUAGUGAUAUAAUAUAAGCAGGCUUGGGUAUCUCUCGUUAGACUCGAUAAUGAAACUGUAAUUAAUGUUGUUCGAAAAAGUUGGUCGAA